GCGGUCGCAAAGCUCGACCGCAAAGCAGAUGAAAACGUCGCACGUCAGUCCCUGAUGUUCCGCCCGUGAAACCCCGUCGGCCUCUCUGUACGGCACCCUAGCUGACUACGAAACAUGCCGGCCAAAGGUCCCCUGCAAUCGGUCCAGGUUUUUGGGCGGAAAAAAACUGCCACUGCAGUUGCCCACUGCAAAAGAGGCAAUGGCCUGAUUAAGGUGAACGGCAGACCCUUGGAGAUGAUCGAGCCCGCCACCCUCCAAUACAAGCUCCUGGAGCCUGUGCUGCUGCUGGGCAAAGAGCGUUUCGCCGGAGUUGACAUCAGAGUCCGCGUGAAGGGAGGCGGACAUGUCGCUCAGGUUUACGCCAUCCGUCAGGCCAUCUCCAAAUCAUUGGUGGCGUAUUAUCAGAAGUAUGUGGAUGAAGCCUCUAAGAAGGAGAUCAAGGACAUCUUGAUCCAGUACGACAGGACCCUGUUGGUCGCCGACCCGCGCCGCUGUGAGUCCAAGAAAUUCGGUGGACCAGGAGCCCGCGCCCGCUACCAGAAGUCCUACCGUUAAAUGCAGUGUACAUUUUCAUUGGAAUUAAAGUGGCGCUGAAGCCGAGAAAAGUCA